GCGGCUGGGGGUCGGCGGCUCAUUCCCUGGCCGCUCCUGGGCUUCGCGGUGAGGGACGCGGGCCCCUAGGAGGAGGGAACGGGGGGAGGGAGCGCCGGCCGGACAGUGGAGGAGCCCAGCUCCUUGGCCUGCCCAUCCCCAGGUCGCGGCCCCUUGGCUCGCGCGGCGUCUCCAAGGGACUGGGGGACUUAGAGGAGGCAGGCACUCAAACCCCUGCUUUUCAGGGGAAAACGCAGUUCCCCAGACCACUUGACUUCGCAAAUGCUCCGAGUUUAACCGAGGAUAUAGAAAUAGAAGGCUACUUAGUGCAGCUGGACUGGUUCAUAAACCACAAAUUUGUAGGCUACAUAUUCUAAUUAAUCUCUAAAGUUAACCAUAGUGUGAGGAAUGAAUUUUCUCAUCUGUCCUGACAAACUCAAGGGGAUACACUCCUGUCGAUAUCUCACCAUCCUAAAAUCUGGUCAAGUUUGGUCUAUGUCACAAAAUUUAAUACAUCAAUAUUUGUUAUCAUAUUUUGCUUUUGAACAUUUUUACUCCUUGGAUAUUCUAAGCUUUUUCAGAGCUGAUGUUCAUUUUGCUCCUUUUGGGUAUGUGAUACCUGUCAUGUUUUUGAACACAUGGAAAGAAGAGAUCACUCACACUCCCCAAGCACAGAACCCAGGUGUACUGAGAUUUUGGCUAAGCUCUUUCAGCCAAGAAUGGCUGUGGAAUCUGGAGUGAUUUCAACCCUGAUACCUCAGGAUCCUCAGGAACAAGAACUAAUACUAGUGAAAGUAGAAGAUAACUUUUCCUGGGAUGAGAAAUUUAAGCAAAAUGGGAGUACUCAAUCCUGCCAAGACUUGUUUCGUCAGCAAUUCAGAAAGUUUUGCUACCAGGAGACACCUGGGCCCCGGGAGGCUCUGAGCAGACUCCAGGAGCUUUGCUAUCAGUGGCUAAUGCCAGAGUUGCACACAAAGGAGCAGAUCUUAGAACUGCUGGUACUGGAGCAGUUCCUGAGCAUUCUGCCUGAGGAGCUGCAGAUCUGGGUUCAGCAACAUAAUCCAAAAAGCGGCGAGGAAGCUGUGACCCUGUUGGAGGAUUUGGAGAAGGAGUUUGAUGACCCAGGGCAGCAGGUCCCAGCUAGUCCACAGGGACCAGCAGUGCCAUGGAAGGAUUUAACAUGUCUCAGAGCAUCCCAAGAAUCAACAAACAUCCACCUCCAGCCUUUACAGACACAGCUGAAAUCCUGGAAACCGUGCCUUUCCCCUAAAAGUGAUUGUGAGAACAAUGAAACAGCAACAAAGGAGGACAUCUCAGAAGAAUCACAGGGACUCCCUCAGGAACCUUCAUUUGGAGGAAUUAGUGAGCAUGAAAGCAAUUUAGAGUGGAAGCAAGGAAGUGCUAUAGGGGAAAAACUAAGAUCUCCUUCCCAAGGGGGCAGUUUUAGUCAAGUGAUCUUCACAAACACAUCUCCAGGAAAGAGAGACCUUUAUGAUGAGGCUGAAAGAUGCUUGAUUCUAACUACAAACUCUAUAAUGUGUCAGAAAGUUCCUCCUGAAGAGAGACCUUAUAGAUGUGAUGUAUGUGGGCACAGCUUCAAGCAGCAUUCUUCUCUAACACAACAUCAGAGAAUCCAUACUGGAGAAAAGCCCUAUAAAUGUACCCAGUGUGGGAAGGCAUUUAGUUUGAGGUCCUAUCUUAUUAUUCAUCAGAGAAUUCAUAGUGGUGAGAAAGCAUAUGAAUGUAGUGAAUGUGGGAAAGCUUUCAAUCAGAGCUCAGCCCUCAUUCGACAUCGGAAAAUCCAUACUGGUGAGAAAGCUUGUAAAUGUAAUGAGUGUGGCAAAGCAUUCAGUCAAAGUUCCUAUCUCAUUAUACAUCAAAGAAUUCACACUGGUGAGAAACCUUAUGAGUGUAAUGAGUGUGGGAAAACCUUUAGCCAGAGUUCAAAACUCAUUAGACAUCAGCGAAUUCACACAGGAGAGAGACCCUAUGAAUGUAAUGAAUGUGGAAAAGCUUUCAGGCAGAGCUCAGAGCUGAUUACUCAUCAGAGAAUACAUAGUGGAGAGAAACCCUAUGAAUGUAAUGAAUGUGGAAAAGCCUUCAGUUUGAGCUCAAACCUUAUCAGACAUCAGAGAAUUCAUAGUGGAGAGGAACCUUAUCAGUGUAAUGAAUGUGGCAAAACCUUCAAAAGGAGCUCAGCCCUGGUUCAGCAUCAGAGAAUUCAUUCUGGGGAUGAAGCUUAUAUAUGUAAUGAAUGUGGGAAGGCUUUCAGGCACAGAUCAGUCCUUAUGCGCCAUCAGAGAGUCCACACCAUAAAGUAACUUGUGAAUACUGUAAAUAGUGUAAAUACUUCAUUCAAAUUUUUAUGUUUGUUAGUUAAAAGAGCUAACAAACAUGUAGAGCUAAAUGCCAUAAAGGUUAUAAUAUACUAGGUCUUAAGUCUAGCUUGCUUUGUGCAGCAUUUCCCAGUGCUAAAGUGUUCCUUGAAAGCUUUUCCUGUGACUAAUCAGAAGACAGAAGAAUCAUUACUUUCAGCUCUUUUCUUAUCAUUAGGAAUACUCAGGAAAUAUGAAAAAUGGGAAACCUCAUUUUCUAUGAAAAUGUCAUGAAAAGGAUAUAGCAAACCAAGCUCUGUCACUGCAUCUGAUUGUUAGUGUACCGGCUUAGGAGGCUGAUGUGGACCAUGUGAGGCACUUUGUCUCAGAAACUAAAAGAAAAAUUACUGACCCAAUAAAGAACAGUGACAAAGCAGCAAGAAAAGUGGGGAAAUGGCUUCAUCAAUGAUUUGUUGAACCCAAGGCAGGCCAGGAAUUAGAUAGGCAUGAGAAGAAAGAAUAUAAAUUAAUUUACCCAAAGGUUAUUUUUGAGUAGCUACUUUAUGCCAGGGACUAGAAAUACAGUAGAAAACAAGACUAAUCUCUAGAGUCUAAUGGGCAAGGUAGCCAAAUAGGCAGUGACAGUGGAAUGGUCGGUGCUAUGUGACCUUAGGGAGCACCUGACUCAGCCUUAGAUAAGGAAAUGGGGGAAAUGGCCUGAAGGGUGAGGAGGAGUUAGCCAAGGUGGUAGGCCAGGGAAGAAACUUCCCAGUAAAAAACAACAGCCAAAGGCCAGAAACAAAGUGUGGAGCAUUCCUUGAGCUCCUGUUGUAGUGACGUCUUGUCUGCCAGAGAAGUCUGGGUCUGGCCAGAGUCUUAAGCAGUGCCAAUGGAGAACUUCCUGUUAACAGACAAAACUGGAGCCCUUGGACCACAGAGUAGUCAGGAGCUUUGUCUUGGUUUAUGUGACCCCAGGGAAAGGGCAAGUAUGUGGUUUCCUUUCCCAGUCUGUAGGCUAGCCUAGAACUUCCAUCAGGGUAGUGGUGGGAAUGAAGGUGGGAAAGAGCCCAGCCUAUACCUCAAGAGUCUGUUAGUGUUAAGACUCCUCCCAGCCUUAAGAUUCUCCUUUGAUAAAGACAGUCUCAGAUUUCUUCUAAUUCCAAGGCUCUAGACCAGAAGCUGCCAUAUCAUUUGUUUCUGGGGCUGUAUCCCCACAAAUCCUAGGGGAUACAGGGCUUUGAUGCUCAAAGAAUAUUUGUCAGUUGCUGGGUCUGUGACAUUCUUUAGGUACCUCGUACAUGUUCAGUUUUGUCUUAGGUCACCAGUAUUUCGUACCUUUUGCAAAUUAAAGACAAUGCUAAAAGGAAGUGACAACUGAAACUAAUGGUCACAGUCAGUCAAGACUUCCCAUUUCUGGGGGACCUAGAAGGAAAAGAAUAUUUAGACUGAUGCUAAGUGCAAGAUGGAAUAUUGUACAGGUUAACCAGCAACACAAAGACAUAUUCAGAAGACCUAAUAGUUUGGAGGAAUAACACACCUCAUCAAAAACAAAUCUGUAUGGAAAUCUAGAAUCCUGUGCAUAGAAAAAGAAUUUUCAUGAGGAUAAAAAGAAGCAAAGAGAAGUAAUGCUCGUAUUGGGGCAUACAUCAGUGGACAUGUGCUAACCAGUAAGAACAUCAGGAGGCCUAAAGGUCCAAGUUUGGGGAGAGAAUAUGGAAAGAAAAUGGAUGGCAUCAUUUGGAAAUUUGGAAAAGAUUUAAGAUAUUAAAAUACAUGGUAAGAGCUACUCAACUCUUAUUUCUCCUUUUCCACAAAGACCUGAACAAACUAAAAAGGUAGGACAUUAGGAAUUGUAUGUUGCAAAAGGGAAAUACUCUUUAUGUAAGAAAGCUCUUCUAUAUGUCAGUAAGAAAUGUAGUAAGCCAAGCACAGUGGCUCACACGUAUAAUCCCAGCACUUUGGGAGGCCAAGGCUGGAAGAUUGCUUGAGACCAGGAGUUAAAGACCAGCCUGGGCAGCAUAGCAAAGACCCCAUUUCUACAAAAAAUGAAAUCUGCCAGGUAUGGUGAUGCAUGCCUGUAGUCCCAACUACUUGGGAGGCUGAGGUGAGAGGUUUGCUUGAGCCCUGGAUAUCAAGGCUGCAGUGAGUUGAGAUCACGCCACUGCACUCCAGCCUGGGAGACAGAGCAAGACCCUGUCUCCAAACCAAAAAAAGGAAAAAAAGAAAUGUAAUAGAUACCUGCUAAGGGCUUUGUAUACACUUAUUAAUGUUAUUUCUCAUCACAGUGCAUAUGAAGCAGAUGAAGAAAUGAAGGCUAAAGGUCAUAUAUCUAUAAAGCGGGGAAGUCAGAAUUUGAACUCAGAACCUGACUGUAGAGCCACUUCAGUAUACUGUCUCCCCAUAAGAGAGUUCCAGUAGAAAAAAAAAUGCUACUUAAAAGUAGGAACAUCACAAAACAAGUGCCAAUGAACAAUACAUAAAUGUUUGACCUCACUGCAGUUAAAAUGUAUAUUAAAGCAAGAAUUGAGAUGAUACUUUUCUUUAUAAAACUGACAGGGAUUCAGGGACAUUGGGACUCUAAUGUUGUUGGUAAAACAUGAAUACAUACUGUCUCUGGCAAUCAAUACCAGAAGCCUUAAGCAUUGCCUUUUCACUUUGUACCUGGAGAUAUAUAUUUCAGAAACCAUCGUGAAUGUAUGCAAAAUCCUAAAAGCUGUUAAAACUGAUUUCAACAGGCUGGGCGCAGUGGCUCACACCUGUAAUCCCAGCACUUUGGGAGGCCAAGGCAGGUGGAUCACCUGAGGUCAGGAGUUUGAGACCAGCCUGACCAAUAUGGUGAAACUCUUGUCUCUACUAAAAAUACAAAAAAAAUUAGCCAGGCAUGGUGGCAUGUGCCUGUAGUCCCAGCUACUUGGGAGGCUGAGACAAGAGAAAUGCUUGAAUCCAGGAGGUGGAGGAUGCAGUAAGCCGAGAUUGUACCACUGUACUCCAGCCUGGGUAACAGAGCAAGACUCUGUCUCAGAAAAAAAACAAAACAAAACUGAUGUCAAUUAAUAUUAAAUGAAGUAUUCAUGAUAUAUUGUUAAGUAAAAAUAUUACAAGACAAUAUGUACAAUAUCCCAUGUAAAAUAUAUAUUUAUGCAUUAAAAAUACUGAAAAUAUGUAAACUCAAA